CUCUCUCUUUCAAUUUCAAUCUCUCUCUCUCUCUCUUCCCCACAACUGCAAAAAACAACCACCAAACACUCCCCUCCCUCUCUCUGUCCCUCUCUCACUUUCCCUCGCGCUCUCUUCCUCCAUGAGAGAUAGAUGGGGAAGUAUAUGAGGAAGGCCAAAACGACAGGCGAGGUUGCCGUUAUGGACCUCUCCCUUGGUGUCCGUACGCGCGCUAAAACCCUAGCCCUUCAACGCCAAGCCAGAUUGCCUGCGUCUCCGCCUCAGCCUUCUACUGCUUCAGCUCAGCCUGCCUCCUCUGGCUACCUGCAGCUCCGUAGCCGUCGUCUUCUUAAGCCGCCGAUUCUUGUACAUGAUUCCAAGCGCCAAAAACAUACCCACAAUAAAGAGGUGCAAAACCCUAACUCUAAUUCCAUGGCGGCUUCGAGAGUCCGCGUAGGUUCUAAGGAUUCCCGAACUAAUGCGGCGGGUCUAAAGAAGGAUGUGAAUGGAGAAAGUAAAGAAGAGGAGAUUGAAGAGAAGCACAACGACGGCGACAAUAACAACAAUAACGAUAGCGAUAUUUAUGAGAGCAAGGAUUUGGGUAUUGAGGCUUCGUUUGGAGAGAACGUUCUGGACAUUGAAGGUAGAGAGAGGUGGGUGUUUUGGAGCACUAGGGAAUCCACUCCUUGCAGUUUUAUAAGGGACCCAGAAACCAUAAGAACCCCUGGUUCGACUACUAGACCUGCCAGCUCAACCGAAACUAGCAGGAGAUCACGGAACUCCACACGGAGACACAUUCCAACAGCACAUGAAAUGGACGAGUUCUUUGCUGGAGCUGAAGAAGAACAGCAGAGACAAUUCAUUGAGAAGUAUAACUUUGACCCUAUUAACGACAAGCCACUCCCUGGACGAUAUGAAUGGGAGAAACUGGAUCCUUAGAAGAGAUUAGUGUUCCAUCAGAAAUACUUAUUGUCCUGCAAAUUAUCAGUUGAUCUUGACCGUAGGAAUUCUUUUUGAAGCAGCAGGAAUUAGUUUUAGUUCUAAUGGUGAUGGCUUUAUUUCCAUUUUCCAUCACCCACCCUUCUUUUACUUGUAAAGAAAGAAGUAGGAUUAUCAAACUGUGUAGACUAAUGAUCUGUAACAUAACAGGGGUUAGAGUUACACAACAAAUACAAAUCAAAGUCCUUUGUCUAACAGAUCAUCUGAGAGGGGGAGGGAAAGAAAGGAUCUUAGGGUUAGGCUCCAGUCAAUUAGGUCAGUCUAUCUGGUACAGAAAUUUUCUAGAUUUCCUUUUUGUACUGUAUUUUCUUCCUCUCCUUCUUUUGUCUAUACUUGUAGUGAUGGAACUCUUUAAAGAACCCUUCUGGAAUAAAAGAUGACCCAUUCCCCCCUCUUAAA